CCGGAUAUGACGUAAACCCAAAACACCUGCCUAAACGCCCUGCGUCUUUCUCUUGGGUCAAAAGACGGGAACUACACACACUAUUUACGUAAACAGUGACACCGAAGUGACGUACAUGUGUACACAACAAACGCAUGUCGCUGGGCGGGCCCGUGUGUGGGGAAGACUCACAUUUCUUACUGUGUCCACUGCUCAUUCAUUCAGCACAGCGGCACCAGACAUAGUCGCCCUCAUUAUGUCGCUACCGCCGAAGAAGAUAGACAACAACAUGCCUCAACUAGUCGCCGCCUAUAUCACGAUAUUUGCAGUAAUUUGGAACACCGUAAACGGCCUGCCUACAAACAGAGCACGGUGUCCAGAAGGCUACAACGACGGUCAGUUUGCCGAGCUGUGCUUCAGACUCGUCAGAACCCCCCUGUCUUACGACAAGGCUGCGACUACCUGCGAAUCAGACGGAGGCAAACUCGUCACCGACAAGAACCGAGCAAAGCACAACUACCUCCUCAAGACAGACUUCGCCGUGAGCUACUGGGUCGGCUUAGAUGACAUAAAGGAAGAAAAUAGUUUCGUGUGGAGUGAUGGAGAGGCAUUGGGUGGAUUUUCAAUGUUCUCGGAGUCUUACCCAAACCGACAGGACACAGACUGCGUAGUGUUGUCCAGAUUAACCAAUCUAGAGUGGGUACCGUACGACUGUGAACAAACGUUUGCCUUUGUCUGCCAGAAAGAACUUCUAUGGUAGCACGAUGAGAAUAUAUCGGUAGUGACAUUUAUAUUAUUUUAUUCUCAGUUUUAUGUCUAAACUGAUAUACCACUAUUUCGCCAAAUCUCAUUUGUUAAGAGAGAGAGAGAGAGCAAAAGAGACAACGGCUGGAUGGUUUUAAGUCCCAAAAAGUCUUCAUGGUAGUAACUUAAUAGAUAUAGGUUAAAAAUCUAUAUAUAAGGUUUAAAUCCAGAAUCUUUAUAUAUUCGAGAUGUACAUAUUAAGAGGAACACGUAAUUAUGUGCAAUACUAGUAUAUUUUUAAUCUACUUUUAGAUAAACGUCCCUGUGUCUUGUUCAUAUGCCAUUAGGUAUCACUCAUUAUAGUAGUGAAAUGAACUUUUAAAGAAUGUCAUUAUGCUUAGUGUAAGUUCACAUACACUCAUAUAAGCUAGAGACAUGAAACAACUGUUUCGCAAAUAAAGUGUGAAAAGAUAUGUAAAAAAUUACCUGUUGCCACGUGUUGAAAA